AUGGCCAGCAUUGUCAUGGCCGUCAUCACCGUCAACAAGGCGCUCGAUCCGCAGUACAUACAAAUAGCGUCGUACCAUGCCCUGCGGCCAUGCCUGUUUCCCUUCGCCAUCAAGAUGUCGCCACGGCGUCAUCCCAGAAAACUCACCCGGCGCAAUCUCAGGCAGCAUACCAGCAGGCCAGAGAACACCCGCCGUAAUCGCAAUGUCCGCAACUGGAUAGACCGCGUCGUCACAGAAAACGGUAUCCACUGGGGCCGACAUGUUCCCGAUAGGUCGCAGUGGUUUACCGGCGACAUAGAGACUGAGUUGCUAAACAUCGAAUUGCUCGUUGCUCAAGCUAUGAUGCACGAUAAUGCAUCUCUUUCUUUGAAUGCACCAGAUCCGAACCGACCUGACCGGCAGCAGAACCCCGAGGUAGACUCUGAGACGGCAUUUCUCUUGGCUCCUGAGGGAAACGGGGAAGUCAGCCUUUAUGCUCAGAUGGCAACUUUGAGACUUGCAGCUCGACGUCAGAAUCAACAGCAACAGCCGCAGCAACAGCCGCAGCCGCAGCCGCAGCCACAAUUGGAGCAUGGAGACGCUGCGCAGCCCGGUACCGGCGAGGGGGUGAAUCGUGGGAAUACAGAGGACCAGGCAGGUUUGGCAGGAAUGGGUGCACAAUUUGAUACCGGAGUGGACGGAAAUUGA